CGCAGUGCUCCGCUCCUGUCCGAGAGACGCUGGCGUCGACGCGCGCCGGUGGCGAUUGCUUCUGUCUGUUGUUUAGCUAUGGCGCGGCGGGCGAGCGAGCCCCGGGGCGGCUGGACCUCGGCUCGGCGUCUCGCACGUUGACCGACCGCCACCCUGGGUCGAGGGGGCCAUGGGGGAGCCUGGUUCCCUGGACUCGGGAGACCCCGCCGGUGUCCGGAGCUGGUGCCUGCGGCGGGUGGGGAUGGACGCCGAGUGGCUGCUGCUGGAGGACGGGCGCGAGGUGUCUAUAGGACGAGGAUUUGGCGUCACAUACCAACUGGUAUCAAAAAUUUGCCCUCUGAUGAUUUCUCGAAACCACUGUGUUUUGAAGCAGAAUCCUGAAGGCCAGUGGACAAUUAUGGACAACAAGAGUCUGAAUGGUGUUUGGCUGAACAGAGAGCGUCUGGAGCCGUUAAAGUUUUAUUUCAUCCAUAAGGGAGACCAGAUCCAGCUUGGGGUGCCUCUGCAGAAUAAGGAGCGUGCAGAGUAUGAAUAUGAAGUUACUGAAGAAGACUGGGAGAGGAUUUUCCCUCGUCUUGCCCCAAAGAGUAACCAGAUGGUAGAAAAAAAUAAGGGCUUGAGAACUAAAAGGAAAAGUAGUGUAGAUGAAUUAGAGGGUCUUGGAUGUGAAGGCCCCUCACAUUUGAAAUCCAAAAUAAGUGAAGUGUCGGGUGAAGCAGGCCAGCCAGCGAGGUCGCCUGGGGAUGGCGAAGUGGCCAGUCAGCCCUCCGAACGUUUGGGCCCUGGGUUGGCUUCUCUCAAGGCGAGCAAGAAGACCACGAGGGCUCGUGCUUACCCUGGGCCCCCAAGAGUCACAGAGCUCUGCAAUAAAAAGCAGAAAGCCUCAAAGCCUUCAGCAUCUCAGAGCAGCUUAGAGCUGUUUAAGGUGACCAUGUCCAGAAUCGUGAAGUUGAAAGGACAGCUGGAAGAAAAACAAGUCGCUGUUAUGAAUGUGAAAAAGCAAACCCAGAAGGGGAGUGCAAAGAAAAUUGUAAAGAUGGAGCAGGAGCUGCAGGAGCUGCAGUCCCAGCUGUGCGCAGAGCAGGCUCAGCAGCAGGCGAGAGUAGAGCAACUAGAGAAGACUUUCCAGGGAGAGCAGCAGCUCCAGGGUUUGGAGAAAGAGCAAGUAGAGGCCCUGAAGCAACAGCUGGCCCAGGCUCUGCAGGAGCAUCAGACCCUGAUGGAAGAGCUAAAUCGAAGCAAGAAGGACUUUGAAACAAUCAUCCAAGCAAAGAACAAAGAGCUGGAGCAGACCAAGGAAGAAAAGCAGAAGGUGCAAGCACAGAAGGAAGAGGUUCUGAGCCACAUGAAUGAUGUGCUCGAGAAUGAGCUCCAGUGCAUUAUCUGCUCGGAGUACUUCAUCGAGGCUGUCACCUUGAACUGUGCCCACAGCUUUUGCUCCUAUUGUAUCAGUGAAUGGAUGAAGCGGAAGAUAGAAUGCCCCAUUUGUCGGAAGGACAUCAAGUCCAAAACCCACUCCCUCGUUCUAGACAAUUGCAUUGAUAAAAUGGUGGAUAAUCUGAGCUCAGAAGUGAAAGAACGACGGAUUGACCUCAUUAGGGAAAGAAAAGUCCUGGGGAGCAGACCCAAGGCCUUGCGCACGUCAGCCAAGAGGCUGUCAUGAAGACUGCUGUGGUGUCGGAGAGGCUCCGGCACGGGACUCAAGGUGGGCUGGAGGAGUCUGUCCCGCGUGACCUGGCCCAUGCGGACGUCACCUGAGAGGCCACGUGGGACCAAGACUGCCCUAGGAGGCCCGGUGUCACGUGUUUUCCUUGGUGGCCCACUGUCCUCACUGGAGCCCCAGCAGGACUCGGCACUGGCUGCUUCAGGGUACUUACCAGACUGCUUCACCACAUGCUGAAUGGGCUGUUGAGUUCUGUUUGUUUUUUAAUUUGUUGUUACUGUUCUUGAUAUCUCAGAAACACCACUGUUGACUUGUUUUGGACAUUAGGGUGUGACCCAUAGCUGCCACUGAAGGCAGCCUGUUUUGAGUCUAGCUCACCUCUUUUUUGGGAAAAGAAGAUAUCAUUUCUUGGGAAUAAAAUACAGAACCUAUUGCUUACUCA